AGGUAGCUAAGGUAGUAGGUACCUAGUAGGUAUUUGUGCCCAUACUGGCAUCACGUGUCUUGCAUCUAGCCAACCCUUGUACGGCGAUAAGAUCUCCAUAUCGCCCAUAUCGCCAUUCGACCCGUCAAGUUCGCGUCAUCCUUGUUCACUUGCAUCCUCCAACUUCACUUCACGCACAAAUCCGUAGGUCCGUAGGACACAGCUUGCACUUUCACCAGUCUGCCCUCAUUUCGAAAACGCGACUCCACGCAGCUCCGAGCCCAAUUUUGACAGUCCUUGGUGCAGCUUUGUGCAGCUUCUUGAACUAUCCGCAGCACCAUCUGCAGCUUCCCGGUCCAGCACCUCCUCACCCGAGUCAAACCCCACGGCAAGCUCUCACAGAAUCCAACGCCUUCAUGUCUGGUGAAGGUUCAUAACGUCCCAUGCCGUCCCCGGAGCGAUCUGUUGAAAUCAGAUCCAGUGCUACCGAACAGCCAAAGAGAAAGUACCCAGAUCAACCACAUUCUUGUCUGCCCCCAUCUGAAUACCAAACCAGCCGCUCCAGUGUCCAGCCCACUCUGCAUUCUCCCAAGCGACUGAAGACCUCGCAUACGGCUGGCAACCAAAGCCUGUCUUCGACGAUGAGCAAGAGCGUAGGUCAUGGAUCAGGGCCCUUGAAAGUCAUAGAUUUGACGGGAUUCAAGCCCCAGCAACAGAUGCAUUCGAACUUUCAACCAAAUCUUGGGGCAAGAAAGCUUGUAGUCAAGAACUUGAAGACUGCUUCGCGGACGAAAGAUACAGAGGCAUACUAUGCGCGGACCUGGAAUGAGCUUGAUGGAGCAUUGACGUCGGUUUUCAAUGGACGGACCACUGAUGUGGCUCUGGAGAUUUUGUACCGAGGCGUGGAAUACAUAUGUCGGCGUAAUAAGGCAGAUGUCUUGUUUGAACAAUUCAAAACUCGCUGCAAGACCUAUCUGGAGAAAGAUAUGCUUCCCCAGCUCGAAAGCGAGAUAGGGACAGGCAAUGUAGAUGCAUUGAGGGCGAUACACAAAUACUGGAGAAGGUGGAAUGAACAAUCAACACUACUUAGGGCUAUAUUCAGCUAUCUCGAUCGAUCAUAUCUACUGAAUUAUAAGGACCUACCACAACUUCAAGAUCUCAGUAUUCAACAAUUCCGCCAUGCAGCAUUUACAAAAGCCAAAGCCAAAGAUGGGAGGCGAUUGGGUGAGAAAGCAAUAGCAGGAAUGUGCGAUCUGGUCAAGAAUGACCGAGAGAGGCAGGCCGAGCUAUUUGAUGGAGAGCUCCUCAAGGACUCUAUCCUAAUGCUGCAUAUUUUUGGGAUAUAUGCCAAGUCCUUUGAGCCGGAAAUACUCGCACGAAGCAAUGUAUAUUUCGAGGACUUUGCAGAGGAGCGAGCCACCUCCUCCAUGCAGGAUUACAUCUCUUCCUGCGACAACCUGUUGAAUCGGGAAGCUAAUCGUUGUGACAUGUUCAACUUCGACAGCACGACGAAACGAAGUCUCCACGAUUCUGCACAUCACAUACUUAUUGAAAGCCGCUCCAAUAUUUUGGUCGACAAAAAGGGUCUCUCUGAGCUGAUUGAGAACAACUCAACGUCAUCCUUGAAGAUGCUGUACAAUCGAUUGAGCCUCUCGAAGAUUCAGUCAAGCUUGAUACAACCAUUCGAGGCCUAUAUCAAGGAGGUUGGAUCUGUGAUCGUUACAGACUUGGAGAAGGUUGACCAGAUGGUUGUCCGUCUUCUCGAGCUGAAACGCACUCUGGACGUAGUUAUUCGUGAUGCUUUCGACAAAGAUGAAACAUUUACUUUCGCUCUACGAGAUGCCUUUGGCAAUUUCAUAAAUGAUAGAAAAAACACCGCAGUAUCCGGGACCUCGAAGACUGGUGAGAUGAUCGCCAAAUAUAUGGACCAGCUGCUUCGGGGGGGGUUGAAGGCUGUACCACGAUCUCUAACGUCGGAUGCCAAGGAUAGAGACGACGCAGAAAAGCAAGGUCUUGCAAGCACAGGCGAUGAAGAUGCUGAGCUUGAUCGGCAGCUUGAGCAGGCCUUGGAGCUCUUCCGAUUCAUUGAAGGAAAAGAUGUCUUCGAGGCAUUCUACAAGAAGGAUCUUGCCCGUCGCUUGUUGAUGUCCCGUAGUGCCAGUCAAGACGCUGAGCGGAAUAUGCUAGCGAAGCUGAAAAUUGAGUGUGGAUCCAGCUUCACUCAUAACUUGGAGCAGAUGUUCAAAGACCAAGAGAUUGCCCGAGAUGAGAUGGCCGCGUACAAGGAAGCAGAAAUCAGAAGUAGCGGGUCUGUCGACCUCCAGGUCACAGUGCUGUCCGCUGCAUCCUGGCCAAGUUAUCCGGAUAUCGAAGUCAAUCUCCCUAAAGAGGUUGUAAAACAUAUCGAAAAGUACGACCGUCAUUACGUGAACAAGCACAGUGGACGUCGCUUGAUCUGGAAGCCAGCUUUAGCUCACAGCGUAUUGAAAGCCAACUUUAAGAAGGGAUCCAAGGAGCUUCUUGUUUCCGCCUUCCAAGCUAUUGUGCUUCUUCUGUUUAAUGGUUUAGAGACAGGUGAAGGGGAUGAGAAUCUCUCGUACACGGAUAUUCAAUCAGCUACCAAUCUCAUCGACGCUGAGCUCAAACGAACACUUCAGUCUCUCGCAUGUGGCAAAUUCCGCAUUCUCACGAAACAUCCCAAGGGCCGUGAUGUCAACCCCACAGAUACUUUCACAGUAAAUGCGAGCUUUGGAGACCCGAAGUACAGGAUCAAGAUCAACCAGAUCCAAUUGAAGGAGACUCCUGAGGAGAACAAGGACACUCAUGAGAGAGUCCAGAAGGACCGGCAGUAUGAAACCCAAGCGGCGAUUGUCCGUAUCAUGAAGAGUCGCAAGUCGCUUGCACAUCCUCAGCUUGUUGCCGAAGUUAUUGAGCAGACGAAGAAGAGGGGUGCGGUGGAGGUGACAGAGAUUAAGGAACAGAUUGAUAAAUUACUGGACAAGGAUUACCUCGAGCGUGAUGACGAGACCAACCUGUAUGUAUACGUCGCAUAGACAGGAAUAGAUGGGCUGGAGACGAAAGAGCUAGGUAAAUGAAUACAUCUCCGCUACUACUUGCGGUUGAAAUGCUAAUGAUGAUUACGUCUGCAUUGUUUGGCAGUUAACGAUGUUCAUCAGAUGUAUGAAAUAAUCCAAUAUUGAUUCGAGAGAUCGAAUUGUUUCAUUUCCUUGUUGCCAUUUUGCAUCUUUUCGAAACUUUGAGCUCACUCAAAAUCCUCUCCGGUAUAACUGUGUGGCAUAAAGUUGGUAGCACAUAUUUCAUUCUCCAGGUUCUUCAAAGUCAUUGAAAUGGCCCUCGGAUUGCAAAAACGUAGAAUAGGCCUUCAGGUGAAAAUCUACCUCACAUCUAGGAAGCCACGCCGUCCAGCCAAUCCAUGAAUCCUUCUCCUCAUUCAGCCUCACUGCAAUCAGAAUUCCUCUUCAAUAGCAUCUUUUUCUUGUCUGGUAGCUUUUCGGCCAUGCUUUUCUUAUGAUAUGUC